GUGCCGGCAAAAUUAGUCUCGGGGUUAAUGAACUGCCUUAAUGAACUGACCGGAUGAUAGAGAUUUUUAGUUUUGUUUACCCCAUCGGUUCAAAUUAGUGGCGUGGAUUUGUGUGAAGAACUGCUCUUGGUCAACCAGGAGAACAAACUCAACAUUAUGCUGUCAGCAACUCAAGGAACUAAAAGACCAUCUGGAUUUGAUGGCAGUGAAUGGCUAAUCGACAUGGAUAGCAACAGUCUUGGGGGUUCUGGGUCAAAAAAGAAAAAGCGAAAGUCUAGAUGGAAUACAGAUGAGGAAGAUAAGACAGUGAUUCCUGGGAUGCCUACUGUCAUACCUCCAAGCCUUACUAAGGAACAAGAAAAGCAGUAUAUUAUUCACCUGCAAAUUGAGGAGAUUAGUCGUAAACUGCGCUCUGGUGACCUUGGGAUUCCAGCCAAUCCGGAGGACAGAUCACCAUCUCCUGAGCCCAUUUACAACAACGAGGGCAAACGCUUGAACACAAGAGAGUAUAGGACUCGUAAGAAAUUAGAGGAUGAGCGUCAUGCUCUUGUUCAACAAGCCCUUAAUCUAAAUCCACAGUACAAACCCCCUGCUGAUUACAAGCCACCUAUAGUUCGUGUGAGUGACAAGGUGAUGAUUCCACAAGAAGAGCACCCAGACAUAAACUUUGUGGGGCUGCUUAUUGGUCCUCGUGGCAACACUCUAAAGAAUUUGGAGAAAGAGACUGGUGCCAAAAUCAUCAUACGUGGCAAGGGCUCUGUUAAAGAGGGCAAGAUUGGGCGCAAGGAUGGCCAGCCUUUACCAGGGGAAGAUGAACCAUUGCAUGCAUAUGUUACUGCAAAUAACCCAGAAAAUGUGAAGAAAGCUGUUGAGAAGAUCAAGGAGAUUAUUCGCCAGGGCAUUGAAGUGCCAGAAGGGCAAAAUGAUUUACGACGACAGCAGCUGCGCGAGUUGGCAUUGUUGAAUGGUACUUUGCGAGAAAAUGAUGGGUUGGCGAAGUUGAAACAAAUCCAGCAAGCUCAGACCAUUGUCACCAACACAAUAGUGUGCACAGUCUGCGGAGGUGCAGGCCACAUUGCUCAAGACUGUAAAGAACGCAAGCCAGGAGACACCUUCAGAAUGCACCAUAUGCAAUCAACAACAGAUCGUGCCAAGAUGGACAGUGAGUAUAUGUCUCUGAUGGCUGAGCUUGGUGAAGGUCCACCACCCAAGUCUACUCCAGCACCUCCACAACCUAUGCAGCGUCCUCCUUUGUUUCAGAAUCAGCCCCCACCAAAUCCAAUGGCAUUUAAUCCCCCAUGGCAACAGCAGCAGCAGCCAAUGGGACCACCUCGACCUAAUAUGGGGCCACCUAACUUCCAGCCGCCUGGAAUGGGUAUGGGCAUGGGGAAUAUGCCUCCCAUGUCUCAGCCAGUUCGCAUGCCACCUCCGCCUGGCCCUGUGCCUAUGCCAGGUAAUAUGGGUGCCCAGGUACCACCCUCAGUGCGGCCUUGGCAACCUGCGCUCAAUGCAUCUGCUCCAUCUGGUCUACAAAAUCCUUCCGGCCCUCUUGGUGUGCCUCCUCCACCAAAUAUGCUAUCAGCACCACCACCUCCACCACCUAGCACACAGUCCCAGGUUCCACCUCAGCAUAGUAUGCCCUGGAGCAUGAACCCAAUGCAGCCAGGUAUGCCACAUCCUCAAAUGCAGCCUCCACAGACUGCAGCAGCACCCUGGCAGCAAGCACCAGGUUCUGUUCCUCCUCCCCCACCAUGGCAGCAACAGCAGCAAAACCCACCACCACCUGUUCCACCUCCUCCUCCACCACAUACUGCCCAGCAGACCUUCAGUCCAAUGGCACCACCACCUCCUCCUCCCAGUAGUUUUGAUGUUGGACAGUUGAGUGGUGUCAGUCCACUGUUGGUUGCACCACCACCACCCCCACCUCCAAGUUGACCACCUGUGGAGAUGAUCACUGCAAAGGAGGUGUUUCUUUUUAACUCUUUAGAAUGUUAAGGCGCACAGCAGAGAGGGAUGUGUUAGUCCCUCAUGUGGAAAUAAAACAAAAAGUACAAAGACUGGGUUAGGGACAAAGCAAAGAAAGGGUGGCAAAUUUGUUAGGAACAUGACUACAUGUCCUUUAGAAAGAAACAUCAGUAAUCAGAUUAGUCCAGGACCAGUUAAACAGGACAUUUCUUCAUUAUAUCUGCAUGUUCCAAAAUCUUUGUGUUUUUUGUGGUGGUUGUUUUGUUUUUAGGGGAGAAUGUGUUUAUCCUGUGUUAAGCUUUGUAUUUACGUAGACCCCUCCCCAAAAUGCUAAUGUCAGGCAGACUGAUUGAAAGGUGUUAAUGCAAGUUUUGUCAUUCAGUUUGGGAGUUACUGAAGUUGCUUGUGGUUGUUUAAUAAAAUAUCCAUAACAACAUAUAUUGAGCACAGUAAAUUUUGAUGUGAAAAGGACCAGGCAUGUCUUGUACCAUUUUUUCUCUUGCACGUAUUCAUGCAUUUGUGCACAUGCACAAAGCGUGUACAUAAAGCUUUCAUCUAGAAGCAGCUACAGUUUUUCGGUAUGUGUAGUUAAUGGGGGGGGAUAUCUGAAAAGUGCAGAAGAGAAUUAAAGGGUUGCUUUAAGGCACAUGAAUCUACAUUGCUGUUGUAAUACACCAUAAAGAGUGUUGUGUUCUCAGUGUUUUAUGAGUCUCAGCCUACUGCUACAAAGAAUGUGAGAUCUGUACAUGGUUUAGUAACAUCAUGGGAUUGUUGGAAAGUAAACUUCCAUAAUUAAAAAUCCAGUUUUUAAUAAUUACAUCUUCAAGUGUGAGACAUUUUCAUUGCCAUUUAUGAACAUCUUGUUGCCUAUCCCAUACGUACUGAAAAAGGUUGCUUCAGAUUUUUGUCUUGGUGGCCAAGCUUCUCAUGUCUCUUGUAAAACUUCAUAUAAAUUAACAAAUCAUUAAAGUGAAAAAACUUGA